GUUUUUUGAAAAGAAAACCAAAUGCGGCAGGCAACCGGAAGUUGUUGUUACGAUCUUCCUCCUGAAAAUCUUAUCGACCAGCUCAACAGUUUGAUGCCAUGCUCGACCCAGAGGAAAACAACCUGAGUGGUACACCUGAGUACGAUGACUUAGAAGAGGAAGCCUUCCCUCCCCUUCCUCCACCCUAUUCCCCAGGCCAGGGAGGACAUCAGGAAGAUGGAGGCCUUUUUGCACAAGGGGAGGAAGGAGAGGUGUCCAGGCUGGCUGACGUUCCUGCUGCUAAGAGGAAAUCAGUGAAGAGGCCACAACCUAAACUCGACUCUCAGAGGUUGAUUUCAGAAAGAGGACUUCCAGCUCUGCGUACUCUGUUUGAUAGCGUCCGUUUCAAAGGAAAGGGACAUGAGGCCGAAGACCUGCGGCUGCUCAUGCAGAAGAUGGAGAACUGGGCCCACAGGUUGUACCCCAAACUACAGUUUGAGGAUUUCAUUGAUAAGGUGGAAAAGCUCGGCAGCAAAAAGGAAGUGCAGACUUGUCUCAAACGGAUCCGGCUGGACAUGCCGCUGACACACGAAGACUUUAUGGAUAAAGACGGAGAAGAAGAAGUGCCACUUGAAAUGCAAGUAUUUGGGGAUCCUGAUCCAUUCAGCAGAGUGAGCACCAUUUAUGACCCCCAAGAGCCGGUCCACUCCACCCCGGCGCCCACCUCCCCGGUCCACUCCACCCCAGUCCUCUCUGGCCCGGUCCACUCCCCCCCGGCGCUCUCCGCCCUGACGGAGGAGCAGCGCAGACGCAUGGAGCUGAACAGACAGCGGGCUCUGGAGAGGAGGCUGGCACGGCAGCAGCAGCAAACAGAUUCCCAGACCAUCGACAUAUCAGAGGGAAAUGAACCCACAUCUGUUUCUUCUGAAAAUGUCCUCAACGCCACAGUGGAGGAUGAGAAGGUGGAAGACUUGGACCAGGACCCAUCCAUCAGCAGUGUGCAGAACCCUAGCCAGCCCCCACCCACUGAGUCUGAGUCCCCACCCACUGAGUCUGAGCCCGAGCCCACUCAGGGUGAGGGGGAGAGCAGCGCAAGUCCUGAGCAUGAACUCUGUAAUGGCUGCGAGAAAGAAGAUUAACACCUGCAGGACAAACUGUGGUGAAAAGGAAACCAGCAUCACAUCUACAAACUGUAAAGAGAAAGUUUUACUGUCGCCAUGGCUACGGGUUUGUGGAGAGGAUGAGCUCCAGGAAACGGUCCACAUUUUCUCUUCAGGUUUGACUUGUAUUUUAGAGUGAAGUUACCAGCAGUGGUGCAGCAGCUUGUUUGUUCUUUAUUUCACUGAUAAUUUUAAGUGGUUGUGAAACAUCUGAAAACACUUUCUUUAAAAAAAAAAUUACUGUUUUAUCCAAACAUUUUAUCAUGUUUAAAUGAGCUGGAAACUGAAGAAUUUGUGUUUUUU